AUGGCGUGGCCUAACAAGAACAAAGACAUGCUCUACCGACGAGUAGGCAACUCGGGUCUACAUGUCUCCGUCAUUGGAUUGGGAGGGUGGUUAACUUUCGGUGGUCACGUCGAUAAUGAGAUCACCUUCAACUGCAUGAAACAAGCAUAUGACUGCGGAGUCAACUUUUUCGACACAGCAGAAAGCUAUGCAAACGGACAAUCUGAAAUCGUCAUGGGCCAAGCCAUCAAGAAAUUCGGGUGGAAGCGAAGCGACCUGGUCAUCAGCACAAAGCUCAACUGGGGCAUGGCGAACGGUGAAAUCCUGAUCAACAACCACGGUCUAUCGCGCAAACACAUCAUCGAAGGCACCCGGGCGUCGUUGGAACGUCUGCAGCUCGAAUACGUCGAUAUCAUCUACGCCCACCGACCGGACCGUCUGACGCCGAUGGAGGAGACGGUGCGCGCUUUCAACCAUGUGAUCGAGAAGGGCUGGGCUUUUUACUGGGGUACAUCCGAGUGGUCGGCAGACGAGAUCGCCGAGGCCUGCGGCAUCGCCCGGUCGCUAGGUCUCAUCGCGCCCAUCGUCGAGCAGCCGCUUUACAACAUGUUGGAUAGACGAAAGGUCGAGGGGGAGUUUCAGCGGCUGUACUCGCGCUGCGGGAUCGGUCUGACCACCUUCUCCCCACUGAAAAUGGGUCUCUUGAGCGGGAAAUACAACGAUGCGACGACGCAGCCUCCCCCUGGUUCGAGAUUCGCCGAGAGCAAUGAUCGGUUCGCCAGCAGCGUCCGGCAAAAUUAUGGUAAUGACGAAUGGGCGUCGACUAUCAAGAAGAUCGAGUUGGCGGAUAAACUGGGAGUCAAGCUGUCGCAACUGGCGCUGGCAUGGUGCCUGAAGAACGAAAACGUGUCCUCGGUCAUCACGGGCGCUUCGCGACCGGAGCAAAUCGUCGACAACGUCGAAAGCCUGAAGCUGCUCCCGAAGCUCACCCCCGAAGUGAUGGCGCAGAUCGACGAGAAUCUAGGCAACAAGCCGGCGCAGGAUCCCGCUCGACAGGACUAA